UUGAUUUUAUUGAGGGAAGACCCGAGCGCAACUCGCACACAGCCACAAACGCUCAGCACCUCAGCAGGAGCAACUUGAGGCUAACCGUUACGAUUCAAUAUAUCUGUACGGAAGAAUUUAUUUAAACGGGACAGUUCGUUGCGUUUAAGGUGUCACCCUUUGGAUUCAUUGUCGGAGGAGUCAGGGAUACAUCCAAAGAGACAAGUCUCGUAUAAAUUGAAAAUCUACGUUUCGAUUCCUCCGCCCAGGCGACUGAGGCGAGAUAACCAAGAAGCGCACAAUCCCAAGCACAAGAGGCUUGGCUGAUCCAUCAUUGUGGCUCUUCCAGCGGUGGCAUGUUCGAGGGAUAAAGGGGAUAGAAUUGAACUCCUACUUUCACCUAAAGAGGAUUCAAUGAAAAUGUCCGUCUGCGUCCAUGAGAACCGCAAGUCGCGGGCCAGCACCGGCUCCAUGAACAUCUACCUGUUCCACAAGUCCUCCUACGCCGACAGCGUCCUCAUGCACCUCAACGCCCUCCGCCAGCAGCGGCUCUUCACCGACGUCCUGCUGCACGCCGGCAGCCGCUCCUUCCCCUGCCACCGCGCCGUGCUCGCCGCCUGCAGCCGCUACUUCGAGGCCAUGUUCAGCGGAGGCCUGCGAGAGAGCCAGGCCAACGAGGUGGACUUCAGGGACUCCAUCCACCCCGAGGUCCUGGAGCUCCUCUUGGACUACGCCUACUCCUCGCGCGUCGUCAUCAACGAGGAGAACGCCGAGUCGCUGCUGGAGGCCGGCGACAUGCUGGAGUUCCAGGACAUCCGGGACGCCUGCGCCGAGUUCCUGGAGAGGAACCUGCACCCGUCCAACUGCCUGGGCAUGCUGCUGCUGUCCGACGCCCACCAGUGCACCAAGCUGUCGGAGCUGUCCUGGGGCAUGUGCCUGAGCAACUUCCCGGCCAUCUGUAAGACGGAGGACUUCCUCCAGCUCCCCAAGGACAUGGUGGUUCAGCUGCUGUCCCACGAGGAGCUGGAGACGGAGGACGAGAGGCUGGUCUAUGAGGCGGCCCUCAACUGGGUGAACUACGACCUGGAGAGACGCCACUGCGGCCUGCCUGAGCUGCUGCGCACGGUCCGCCUGGCGCUGCUGCCCGCCAUCUUCCUCAUGGAGAACGUCUCCACGGAGGAGCUGAUCAACGCCCAGGUGAAGAGCAAGGAGCUGGUGGACGAGGCCAUCCGCUGCAAGCUGAAGAUCCUCCAGAACGACGGCGUGGUCAACAGCCCAUGCGCCCGCCCCCGCAAGACCAGCCACGCCCUGUUCCUGCUGGGCGGACAGACCUUCAUGUGCGACAAGCUCUACCUGGUGGACCAGAAGGCCAAGGAGAUCAUCCCCAAGGCGGACAUCCCCAGCCCCAGGAAGGAGUUCAGUGCCUGUGCCAUCGGCUGCAAGGUCUACGUCACGGGGGGGCGGGGCUCGGAGAACGGCGUGUCCAAAGAUGUGUGGGUCUACGACACCGUGCAGGAGGAGUGGUCCAAGGCGGCACCGAUGCUCAUCGCCCGGUUCGGCCACGGCUCCGCCGAGCUGAAACACUGCCUCUACGUGGUGGGAGGCCAUACCGCGGCCACGGGCUGCCUGCCGGCCUCUCCCUCGGUGUCACUCAAACAGGUGGAGCAGUUCGACCCGGCGACCAACAAGUGGACCAUGGUGGCCCCUCUGAGAGAAGGCGUGAGCAACGCGGCGGUGGUCAGCGUCAAACUCAAGCUGUUUGCAUUCGGGGGCACCAGCGUCACUCACGACAAGCUACCCAAGGUGCAGUGCUACGACCCGCAGGAGAACCGUUGGACGGUGCCCGCCUCCUGCCCGCAGCCCUGGCGCUACACGGCCGCCGCUGUCCUCGGGAACCAGAUCUUUGUCAUGGGCGGCGACACGGAAUUCUCGGCGUGCUCGGCCUACAAGUUCAGCAGCGACAGCUACCAGUGGACUAAGGUGGGCGACGUCACGGCCAAGCGGAUGAGCUGCCAGGCGGUGGCGUCGGGCAACAAACUCUACGUCGUGGGCGGGUACUUUGGCACGCAGCGCUGCAAGACGCUGGACUGUUACGACCCGACGCUGGAUGCCUGGAAUAGCAUCACCACAGUGCCCUACUCGCUUAUCCCCACCGCCUUCGUCAGCACCUGGAAACACCUGCCUGCCUGAGCGAGGCAUGCUGGGAUUGCCCAAGCCAACACCCCCUGCCUGCAUCCCAUGAGAUUUCCCUGUUUUGCAUCAUCCACUGGAUUCAAACUGUGAAGACAAAGAAGAAGAAGAAGCACCCUCUUAAACUUGCUGUGCAAUCAAAUCUACAUGAUCUCUCUCCUUUAUUCUCAAAACAACAGAAACAAUGGGAUAAUCCCCCCCCCACACACACACCUUCCCCCCCCCCUCCACACACACACACACGCGCCUAUCUCGCGGGUGGCACAGUGGCCACUCAGAAUCCAUGGAAGCACAGAACCAUCGUGUCCCUGUGUAGACCCGUGACCAGACGGAUGUCAUUUUCCAUUUCUGCCGGUGUCAUCCAGGGUUCGAAGUAACCAACCCUGACGCAUUUCUGAGGGGAACCUUUCGACGUGCUGUAUGUUCAGCAACACCAAACAACCUGCUGCUUGUUCUAAAAAGAAGAACUUGUUGUACUCUUUACAUAUCAUGCUUUUGCUCUUCAGCCUUUAAUAGCAGCGCUGUACACUUAUCACACCUGCCCCCUUUUAUUUCCGUCCUGCCGUGAAAGACUGCCGACCCGGUAAUGGCUAUUCACUACGAUAUAUAAAAGUUAAUAAAAUAAAAAUAUACCUUCUGCGCAAGGGCGGACGGAGGGAUGAAGGAUGGAGGAACAACGGAGUGGUUGCCAUUGAUCGGUUCGGACGGCUGAUACCCUAACAGUUACCUUCCCGCCCUCCUCUCUUUCCUUUGACUGAGAGACUCCAGGAUCUCUCCAUUUGGGAGGAGUAGGCAUCAGAUCUGCUCCUGCCAGCCGACCAUGCAGAGGGCUGGGGUAGUCUGACUGGCCCUGGCCCUGGCUGUCCCUCCACCUCCUCAGAAGCCUGGAGGCCCGGCACCAGUCACACCCCCCGCAGGAGGUGUGGUGGGGUGGAAAGGUGAAGGUACAAAAAGGUAGAGGGGAGGGGGCAGGGGGGUCAUCUCAUCAUGCCCUGACAUGCCUGUUAAGGUGAAGCUGAGAGCCCCUCACGGCCACCACCCCACCUGCCCCCCCCCCCCCCCCCCCCCCCCCC